AUGCUUUUGUCCUGUUCGUUCGAUAAUCGUCCAUGUAAUAUUUCGAGAGAUUUCAUUCGAUUUUCGUCUCAGAAGUACGGGAACUGCUUUACAUUUAAUGCACGGCGUAAACAUAUUGACCAGUUAAAACAGAUAACGGACGGCUUUGCUCCCGCAAAAUUAGUUUUAGACAUCUAUUUACAUGAACAUCAAUAUACAUCGCAUGUACAUAAAGUCGGUCUCGUUGCUCUCGUUCAUCACUAUAGUGAAUGGCCAGUAGUCGAUCGACAAGCAUUGUGGUUUCGACCUGGUGAAUCUCAUCGUAUUGGAUUUUCAAAAAAAUUAACAAAGUAUUUAUUACCACCGUAUACGGCUUGUACGUUUAAACUAGCUGACGAUCUGCAAGAAGUGUUCGAUGCACAUCAGGUCGAUUUCGACUAUUCACAAGACUUUUGUGAAUAUAUUUGUACGGAGCGCGAAAUUAUUUCUCGCUGUAAUUGUACGCGCCCAGGAUCGAUGUUAAGUUAUUUGACACUAAAUUCAACCUUAAAAUUUUGUGAUACGCUCGAAAGUACACAGUGUGUUUCAAAUGCAACUCAGCAAGUGAAAUGCCAGCACUGUGUACAACCAUGUACUGUCAUCCAGUAUCUAGUGCACUUAACAUCUGCACGUUUUCCUUCAUCCAAAUAUUUACAGACCGCGAAAAGUAAUGUUGAACGUGUUUUUAAACAACAUAAUAUCACAUUAGAUCCGAAUUGGUCUUCCGAAUGGAAACAGAUAAUCGAACAAAAUUACGUUCAAGUGGAAGUGGCACUUGAAAUGUAUAAUGUAGAAACAAUUCAACAAGAUGUUUCACAAUCAUGGCAACAGUUAGUUGCCGAUUAUGGUGGUCUCUGUGGUUUAUUCAUCGGUGUUAGUCUAUUGAGCCUCGUUGAAUUGUUGGAACUCAUUUACCGGUUGACAAAACACGCUUGUCGCUCAAAAUUGCAAACAUACAGUGACGGAAUGUUCCGAAGGCCCAAUGCAGUGACAGUACAAACAAUUUCAGCAUUAUAG